AAAGAAGGAAGUUCAUAUUUACACGGAACGACCGCCGCCGACAGCGUCUUCUCCGAUUUCUCUGCAAUUUCUCGCUCCCGAUCCAGCGCCCACGCCAACCUCAUCAGAAGUCUCCUCCGCCUGCAAUCCCACGCCAACCUGUCCCACACCACCGCCUGCCUUCGCCUCCCCCCGCUGAGAGGAGAGCACGGCCAGCCAACCUCCAGAGACCUCCCCCGACGCCUGCCCCAACGUCCGGAUCGAAGCAACUGGUCUUGGCGGCGGCGGGAUUGCUCUGGGCGGCGAAAGGAGGCAAGCUGCAGAGGAGGGCGACGGGAAGGGAAGAGGUUGGACAUGACUCAUAUGUUCCCAAAUGAAGGUGCCUCAUCCAGCUCAACCUCUAUGAGCAGCCAGAAGAGUGAGACAGAUGAUGACAAGAUGAUUGCAAUGGUCCUUGAAGAAGAAUAUGCCAAGCUAGAUGGUGCUAUGGCCAAGCGUCUUUCAAAUUUAACAUCUAUUCCCCAUGUGCCCCGGAUUAAUACAUACUUCCCGACGUAUAGUGAUGCCACUAUGGAUCAUCACCGCCUUCAUGACAGGUUAAAUGCAUAUGGCCUGUUUGAAGUGAGGGUAUCAGGCGAUGGCAAUUGUCAGUUCCGUGCACUCUCAGACCAGCUAUAUCGAUCACCCGAGUAUCACAAGCACGUUCGGAAAGAGAUAGUGAAGCAGCUCAAGGCAUGUAACUCCUUAUACGAAGGUCAUGUCCCAAUGAGAUAUAAGCAUUAUUGCAAGAAGAUGAAAAAAUCUGGUGAAUGGGGAGACCAUGUCACACUGCAAGCAGCUGCUGAUAAGUUUGCUGCGAAAAUAUGCCUUCUAACAUCAUUCAGAGACACCUGUUUUGUUGAAAUUGUUCCACAGUAUCAGGCUCCACAGAGAGAGCUUUGGCUAAGUUUCUGGUCUGAAAUUCACUACAACUCCUUGUAUGAUGCUCGAGAUAUCCCUAGCAAAUACAAGCCUAGAAAGAAGCACUGGUUGUUUUAGAUUCGCCUGUUCCUACAGACUUGGUUUUUAUUAUAUGGCCGCUGCUGUCUGGCGGAAUGCUGCUGCUUAGGAGACACUACCCGACUUUCUCCACUGAAGGUCUGAAAAUUGGUCCGUUGAGUGCACUUACUGGUGCAGUACUAUACAGCAUAGACUCAUAUCACUUAAUUUUAGGUUCAUUCCUUGUGAAUAGAUACAGGUACUGACAUAAAGGUUGAUUGUACACAUAUAUGUUUGUUCAUUGUUAUAUUUUUCAAUUUUAUUGUUCUACACUGAUACUA